AUGACAUCUAUAAACUCUAUAUUGUACAACUAUGUACAGGAGUCUAGUCCUCCCCUAAGCAAGACAGCAUCCCCCGGACAAAGUUUAGAUAUUCUAGAUAAUAUUCAGGGGUCAGGGAGCAGACCUCACUCACCAGCCAAAAGUGAUGCCAGCGCUGAAGAGCGAGUAACUGUCAUAUCCAUCACUCCCCAUCAAACUCCAAGCCAAAGAAGCUCCGUGGCAAAUAAAAAUCCGCCAAACCAAACUCGUGAUAAGAAAAACCCGCCAAAUUUGCAGGGUAAAAAAGACGCGGAAACAAGAUGGCGCCCAACACAGAUUCAGGAAAUAAAAGACGAUGAACUGGAAGAAUAUCAAAUUGAAGAUAUUCGCUCGGAAAUUGAAAGACUGGACCUGGAAAAGAAAAAUUUUGAGAAUCAAAAACGUCAGAGUUUUGAAGAGCUAAGCAUAUUAGAACUAGAAAAGAGAGACAGGAGUGAAACUGAGUUUCGAGAGGCGGAAAGGCGGAACCUUGAACUUAGGGAGGCAGAGCAAAUACUAGAAGAAAGGCGGAUAGCUGCCGAGAGGGCAGAAAUGUUGAGAAAAUCCUCGAAUAAUCGUAUUGCCACCAACGGGUCUCUCGGUCGAAGGGUUCCACAGAGCUUGCCUCCUCCUCCACAUCAAUAUAGUUCAGACCCUCCAAACCACUACACCUCUUCUCCCUCCACCCACUUCACCUCUCCGCCCUCCACCCACUACACCUCCCCUCCUGCCCACUACUCCGACCCCUUGGAGACCAACGUGGACAGUGUGGAGGAGUAUGAGGAGGAGAAUUAUGAGGAGUUACAUCAAGGUAGAAUAUUAGAAUAA